CGAGACCAACAGUUUAGUGGUAGGUCUUCAUCAACUGUAGUUUAUCUUUUAUAUUUGUGCUAAUAUACGGGUGGGUGAUCACCUCAACUUUGGGAUAUUGUAUUCUCAAUUAGAAGAAACAUGUCCUCCGCAAUGGGACCGGAAGUAAUAACCGAAUCGGUCGCGGAAUCCGUGGCCGGCGGGAUGUCAACUUUAUCGGUUUUCUUUACUCUUCUGGUACCAGCUCUUCUUCUUCUCUAUAUCUAUUUCCGUGUUUCUCAUCGACAUAUGAUAGAACUUGCGGAGAAAAUUCCUGGACCUAAAGGAUAUCCUCUUGUUGGUAACGCAUUAGAACUUCUUGGAAAUCCUGAUGCGAUAUUCACUACAGCAAUGAAAUAUGCUGAGGAAUAUAACGAAGUCGUUAAAUUGUGGAUUGGUCCUAAACUUAUAGUCUUCUUGGUCGAUCCUCGAGACAUCGAGAUUAUCCUGUCUAGUCAUGUUUAUAUUGAUAAAUCUACAGAAUACAGAUUCUUUAAACCUUGGCUCGGAAAUGGUCUUCUUAUAUCCUCAGGGCACAAAUGGCGUUCUCACCGGAAGUUGAUUGCACCUACUUUCCACUUGAACAUACUGAAGAGUUUUAUUGAUCUCUUUAAUGAUAAUUCCCGUGCCGUUGUUGAAAAAAUGCGUAAAGAAAAUGGUAAAGAUUUUGAUUGUCACAAUUAUAUGUCUGAGACUACGGUUGAGAUACUUCUUGAGACGGCAAUGGGUGUAUCAAAAUCUACGCAAGAUAAAAGUGGAUUCGAAUAUGCGAUGGCUGUAAUGAAGAUGUGCAAUAUUCUUCAUCUUCGUCAUACGAAAGUUUGGUUGAGACCCGAUUGGCUUUUCAAUCUUACCAAGUACAGUAAAGAUCAGAUAAAACUUCUGGAGAUUAUUCAUGGGCUCACGAAAAAAGUUAUCAAACGUAAAAAGGAAGAAUACAAAAGUGGCAAACGUAAUAUUAUCAACACCACUGACACUAAGGGUAACGUAACUUCCGUCGAGGGUCUGUCUUUCGGUCAAUCCGCUGGUUUGAAGGACGAUCUUGAUGUUGAUGAUAAUGAUGUUGGUGAGAAGAAGAGACAGGCUUUCUUAGAUCUCUUAAUCGAAGUUGGAGAAAAUGGUGUGGUAUUAACUGACCAAGAAAUCAAAGAACAAGUCGAUACCAUCAUGUUUGAGGGACACGAUACCACAGCAUCUGGAUCAAGUUUCUUCUUAUCCAUGAUGGGUUGCCAUCCUGAUAUCCAAGAAAAAGUAUACCAAGAACUUUAUGAGAUUUUUGAAGAUAGCGAUAGACCUGCUACUUUCCAGGACACUUUGCAGAUGAAAUAUCUUGAACGGUGUCUCAUGGAGACAUUACGCAUGUAUCCACCAGUACCAAUCAUUGCUCGUCAAGUAAAAGAAGAUCUUAAACUUGCUUCUGGUGAUUAUACCAUACCAGCUGGAACCACUGUCGUUGUUGGUACAUUUAAGACACACCGAUUAAAUAAAAUUUAUCCAAAUCCAGAUGUUUUUGACCCGGAUAAUUUCCUUCCGGAAAAAACAGCUAACAGACACUACUACGCUUUUAUACCUUUCUCUGCUGGACCACGCUCUUGCGUAGGCCGAAAAUACGCCAUGCUCAAAUUGAAGAUUCUUCUCUCGACGAUUUUAAGAAACUUCCGUGUGGUAUCUGAUGUUCAAGAGAAAGAUUUCAGACUCCAAGCUGAUAUUAUUCUCAAACGGGCCGAAGGUUUUCCAAUCAGAUUGGAACCAAGAAAACCUGUUGCUGUUCGGGCUUAAUUAAUUUAAAAGUUGUUUUCUUUUUUAUCUUAACGGAUUUUAAUUUUCUUAAAUAUAGAUUAUCU